AUGCCUCCCUCCACCCAAUCCAGCCAUGACUCAACCGCCGCCACGGCGGAUCCGGAAGACCUGGACAACGCUUCGUCAAGACCAAAGUCCUCCCGGGACGACGCUUCAUCACCGGGCUCAAAGUCAUCAUCAUCAUCAUCAUCAUCAUCAUCAUCAUCGCAGGACGGACUCAUCGCGGGAGAGCCAGAGGCAGCCAUAGCGCGGCUGCGCGACGCCGACCAAAGCGCACGACCCUCCGCCGAAGAAUUGAAACUCUAUACCGAGUUUGUUGCUAAGCGGGGCGCUGCGAGUGGUGAGGUCUCGUCUCCUCCAUCGAAUUACAACGAAGAUGGUGAGGGUGACGAAGUUGCGGGUGAGGAGGCCUUGUCAUCUUCAUCGGAUCGCGGCGACAGAGAGAGUGUUGUUGAUGGUGAAGGAUCGGGUGAAGACAGCAGCGAAGCCGAAAGUGCGGGCAGCAACGCACCAGACAGCAUCGAUGAACCAGCCGAGGAUGGACUUGGGUAUCUCUGCGCAAUAGCAGACAUGGUUUCAAUCGCAAACCUCAAAUUCUACACGUCCGCGACGUGGGCUCAUCGCGAGCAAAUAUCCCGCUGGACAGGCCUCCUCUCCACCGCGAUCCUGCUAAUCAUUCUGCUUUGCACAAUCCUCCAAGCCUCCCUCCCUCCCGGUCUACCCGUCUUUACACGUUCGCACCGUUCUCCUCCUACUCCUCCUCCAACGCCCUCUGCAUCAACGACAAUGUUGGACACCCGCUCUGUUCCGCCGAUCGGUCCACCAUCAAUACCUCUACACUUCGGCUCAUUGGCAGGAACAGGGACCGCCGACGUCGCGCAGCAUCUCCGACAUCUAGUGGGCCACCAUCGGACAUUUCUGGUUGCGAAACGAAGCUCCACAUCCGGCGCUGUUCUGCGUCGCCAGAGUCGGGACUUGCUCGAGAUGGAUGAGAUUAUCGCGGGGAUGAUGCGUUGGGAUGAUCAACGGGGUGCUGGUGCUGGUGCUGCUGCUGGGAGGGAGGCGGAAGUGGAGUUGGAGCGGACGAGAGUGAAGUUGCUGAGGAUGGUGGGAAGGUUGAGUCUAAGGAGUGGUGGUGCGGGGGUGGGCGUCGAGGAAGAAGGGGAGGGGGAUCCUCCGCGAUGGGUUGGGAAAGGUGUCGCUGAGGGGUUGAAUGGUUUUGUGGAGGGGUAUUUGGAGGAUAUUAGUAGUUGGGAGGGGAGGGAAGUGGUUUGA